UCCUCUUCUCCCAUUUUCCUCCCCUUUUCUCCACUUUCUCUCUCCUCCGCCAUUUCUGGAAAUUUCUCUUCCUCCUCAAUUUCUUGCUCAAAUUACUACAGUAUAGUUUAUAGCUUACCUAGCUUCUGCUUAAUCUUCAAUUGCAGAAAUUGUAAGUUUUUCUCUCUCCUCCCUGAUCUUUGAUUGAUCUGCUUACACUAUCAUCUUAAUCAUCAACCAUAAAUUCUUACAUUUCCCUUUAUUUUCUUGCAAUUUAGAGAACAAUCAGUACAUAUUACAAAUUUUCAAUAUUACCUAUUGAAAAUACCUGAUUAUUCUGUUUAAUUUCUGCUUGAUUGUUUCCAAUUUGGACUCCUUUUAAGUGAAGAACUUCAAUUUAUGCUUGAUUGUAGAGAAUCCCACCCGGGUUUUGAUGAUUAGAUAGAGAUAAUUAGUGGGUUUAUUGUUGUUUUAUGGAUUGUGUUAGUUUUUGGAUAAGAGGAGGAAGGAGGGUUUUGGGGUUGGGAUCUGGUGGUGAUUGGUGGUGUUGUGGUGUCUGAUGAGACGGCGGUGGACGGUGGGAGCUUUUCCGUACCAAAUGGAGAAAGGGAAUUCAAAGAACCACAGUAAAAGGCUUUGCGUAUUGAGUACAUUGUGUGUCUUGUUUUGGAGUUUGUUAUUGUAUUUCCAUUUUGUUGUUCUAGGAGGUAAUACUGUCACUGAGUCGGCUUCAUUGCUAUCAAAUCCGAUAAGAAUCGAAUCUUUCCAUCCUGUACCUAUUGAACCCACCCAUGUCCCGGUUUCGAUCGAUGUUGUGAAGUCAACUAGUGAUGGUGCUCAAAGUGAGGUGAUUGAUGAGCCCACAAAAGUGUCAUUACCGGAUAAUCCGGAGCCGAGUGGCAAUGGUGAUGAAAAUGAGGCGAGUAAUGAUGAGGUCAAGGUUGAGCCCGAGGAGGAUCCGUCUGUGAGUAAUCGUAAGAUAGAUGUUGGAUCGAAGACUAGUGAUCCUAUUCCUAGCCCUAAGAAUGACGAGGUCCCUAAAGUUGAUGCCCCUCAGGAGUUUUCGUUUAUGAAGGCAUUGAGGACGGUUGAAAACACGAGUGAUCCUUGUGGUGGAAGGUACAUUUAUGUUCAUGAUCUUCCACCAAAGUUCAAUGAUGACAUGCUUAAGGAGUGUAGAAGCUUGAGUCUUUGGACUAAUAUGUGCAAGUUUACUACCAAUGCCGGUCUUGGUCCUCCACUUGAGAAUGUUGAGGGGGUGUUCUCGGAAACUGGAUGGUAUGCCACGAAUCAGUUUGCGGUGGAUGUGAUCUUUAAUAAUCGGAUGAAGCAAUACGAAUGCCUGACAAAGGAUUCCUCAAUUGCUGCAGCAAUAUUUGUACCCUUCUAUGCUGGGUUCGAUAUUGCCCGGUAUCUUUGGGGGUACAAUAUAUCUAGGAGAGAUGCUGCUUCACUGGAAUUGACUGAUUGGCUGAUGAAAAGGCCAGAGUGGAAGAUAAUGGAUGGAAGAGAUCAUUUUCUAGUUGCAGGAAGAAUUACUUGGGAUUUCAGAAGAUUAUCGGAGGAGGAAACUGACUGGGGUAGCAAACUUCUAUUUUUGCCUGCAGCUAAGAACAUGUCGAUGUUGGUGGUGGAAUCGAGCCCAUGGAAUGCAAAUGACUUUGCUAUACCAUAUCCUACAUACUUCCAUCCUGCAAAGGAUGCUGAGGUGUUUGUUUGGCAAGAUCGGAUGAGGAAUCUAAAGAGAAAAUAUCUGUUUUCUUUUGCCGGGGCGCCUAGACCCGGGAAUCCAAAAUCAAUUAGAGGUCAGUUAAUUGAUCAAUGCAAGAGUACAAAAGCGUGCAAGCUUUUGGAAUGUGAUUUUGGGGAGAGCAAGUGUCAUUCUCCAAGUAGUAUUAUGAAGAUGUUUCAAAGUUCUCUUUUCUGCCUACAACCUCAAGGGGAUUCAUAUACUCGAAGAUCAGCUUUUGACUCUAUGUUAGCAGGUUGUAUACCUGUGUUUUUCCACCCUGGUUCAGCAUACACCCAAUAUACAUGGCAUCUCCCUAAGAAUUUCUCUAGUUAUUCUGUGUUUAUUUCUGAGAAUGAUGUUCACAACAAUAAUCUCAGCAUUGAAGAAAAACUCCGGGAAAUACCCCCUCAACAGGUGGAGAUAAUGAGAGAGGCGGUUAUCAAUCUGAUACCCAGUUUGAUAUACGCUGAUCCUCGUUCCAAGUUGGAAACCCUUUCAGAUGCCUUUGACGUAUCUGUCCAGGCAAUUAUCAACAAGGUUACACGGUUGAGAAAGAACAUCAUUCAAGGCAGGACAGAGUAUGAUUACUUUAUUGAGGAAAACAGUUGGAAAUAUGCUCUUCUAGAUGAAGGUCAAAGGGAAGCCGGAGGUCACGAAUGGGAUCCUUUCUUCUCUAAGCCUAAAGGUGAAGGGGAUUCAAAUGGUGCUUCAGCGGAAGCUGCCAAGAGUUCUUGGAAGAACGAACAAAGAAGUCAAUCGAGAAAGAGAAGCUACUAGUAGUAGUUCCUUCUGAACAACUAUGGCUAAAUCCAUACAACUGACACACUUUGGAGCCUGAAGAAAGGAGCAUGCUUCAAUUAGCCAGGUAUAAGUGGCUUCACUUCAGAACUUUCGGCUUAGUAGUGAUUUACAGGCAUAUGAUCUUGUUUAAACAUGAUAAUUUAUUGGUCAAUACUCGGUAGGAAACUUACAUUCUGCAGCACGAUUUUUGUGUAGUGAUACAUAAAGUGUAGUAUGAUACAUAUAUUCCCAUGUAAUUCAAUUUACUUAGCGAGAACUAUAUUUUCAUUUACUUGGCAGUUGGCACCAAUCUGAGAUUGUGCCUUACAAUAAUUUUGGAAUGCUUUUUAAAUUCAAAUGGUAAAUGAUGGGUAUUUGCCUUCUA